AUGGGUUUUGGAGUCCGAAAGUUGGGAACAAGGAAUGGACUAGAUGGCAAACAGAAAAUUUUCUCUAUUGGAUGUGCAAAAAGUGGUUCGUUUACGCCAAGGGGGAAGAAUAUAUUUCAACUUAGACCUUCCACCAAGACCGAUUGUAAGGCCAGGAACAACAUUGUUGUGAGGAAUGAUUUUGAUUUUCAGAUUAGUAGUGUCAUUCUUCAACAUAAUCAUCCUUUGAGUCCUUCAAAUUCUAGACAUAUUAGAUCUCACAAGGUUUUAGAUCCAAGUGCGCAGAGAAGAUUGCAAUUAAACGAUGAAGCUGGAAUAACAUUGGCUAAAAGUUUACAAUCAAUUGUAGUUGAAGCUGAAGGGUAUGAUAAUUUGAAAUUUGAUGAGAGAACAUGUCAGAAUUUUAUCUCAGAAGCUAUGAGGUCGAGAUGUUUAAAUUUUCAUUACACCUUUGAUCUUGACGAGGACUCACGUAUGAGGAAUGUUUUCUGGGCUGAUGCAAGAUGCAGGGCUUCUUACGAUUACUUUUCUGAUGUAAUGACCUUUGACACAACGUACCUGACGAACCGUUAUGACAUGCCUUUUGCUCCGUUCGUCGGAGUUAACCAUCAUGGCCAAUCUAUUUUGCUAGGAUGUGGUUUAUUAUCUAGCGAGGAUGUGGCGUCAUUCACUUGGCUUUUUAAGGCAUGA